CUUCGGUAGUUGCGUCGAUUCCCUCUAGAUUAUAAUAUAAAGCCUGGGUACAAGCAAGGGGGUCAUGCGAUCCACCAUCCCUCAAGAGUCUUUGCUGGUUCUUCUCAAUCGCAGUCGGUUCUCGUCAGAUAAAUGGGAAUGGCUCCUCGUCAAAGGUAUAGCAAGGACUUUCUGAAUCAAGUCACAGAGCUCGAGCAGAAUGACAUCUGUCUAGUUGACUCAGAUGCUGAGAGGGCGCUGGUAUGGCGUCUGGAUGCGGUUUUCCUUGUUGUUGGGUUUUUGGGAUAUGCGUUCAAGUACCUCGACCAGACCAACAUUAGCAAUGCAUAUGUGUCCGGCAUGCAGACAGAUCUGAAGCUUUAUGGAAACGAGCUAAAUUACUUCACCACAUUCUUUAACAUUGGCUACAUGAUCAUGCUUUAUCCCUCAUGUAUUAUUAUAUCUCAUAUAGGGCCAUCAAUCUGGUUGCCUACAUGUGAGGUUCUUUGGGGUAUCUUAACGUGUUGUCUGUCUACUGCCACGUCUGCGAAGCAGGUCUAUGGCCUUCGCUUUCUCAUAGGCUUCUGCGAAGGGGCCACCUGGCCGGGAUACUUUACUAUUAUCAGUCAGUGGUAUCUUCCGCAUGAGAUGGCAUUGCGCAUGAGUCUUUACAACAUGGCCCAACCGGUCGGCGCCAUGCUUUCUGGAGCACUGCAAGGUGCACUGUCCACAAAUCUGAACGGCACGCUUGGAAGAAGCGGUUGGCAAUGGGCGUUCAUAAUCAAUGGAAUCUGUACGAUCACUGUUGCCCUCCUUGCCUAUGUAGCAACGCCUGGAUUCCCGGAAAGACAGAAUCCGCUCUCCAAGAUCUAUCUCAAGCCCCGACACAUCGAAACUGCUCUUGCGCGAACGCGUCGUGUCGGCCGGAGCCCACAAGUUGGGAUCACGCCCAGAACAUUCCUUCGCGCCUUGAGAUUCUGGCAUCUUUGGCUUUUCUCUAUUGCAUGGUGCAUUGGCACGGGGACGACCCCAACGAACUAUUUCAAUCUUUGGCUCAAAUCCUUGACUAACGCUGAUGGAACAAAAAAAUAUUCAGUUGCCAUGCUCAAUUAUCUUCCCAUUAUUGGUCAAGCGAUUCAACUCGUUGCCGAGAUCCUCUUCAGUGGGUUCAGCGAUUUCUUCGGCACAAGACUUCCUUUUCUGCUUUUGCAUGCCGUAAUCAACAUCACCUCCCUUAUAAUUCUGGUCAUUCGCCCGAGCAACGAGUCUGCCUACAUGGUUGGAUGGUAUAUGAACUACAUCGGAGCCGUCUCCACAAUGCUCCUAUGCGCUUGGGCAACCGCGCAUCUCGAGACAGAACCUCAAGUCCGGACAGUUUUAUUCGCCACCGGCACACUCUUCUCAUAUCUCCUCAGCGCAUUCCUCCCCAUUGCCGCCUAUCCCGCCGAGGAAGCACCCCACUGGCGCAUUGGCGCAAAGCUGUACCUGGCUCUCUCGAUGUUGGCAGCUAUUCUUUUCAUCACUAUACAUUUUGUUUUCAAGUGGGAGAAGCGCACACAGCAAACGAGGGAGGGCAACCAAGUAUCCGGUCUAGAGCAUGGCAAUCGUUCAAAAGGGCGCUCUGAGUCCCGAGAUGAGGUAUAAGGCCUGUUUGACAUGGUGGUUUGACCGGCUAGGUUACCCUGCCCAUUCAACGAUUGUGUCGCUUCCUUGGCCUGAUACAAUAUCACUGCAUUGUCUUUCUCGGACAUGAUCCUUGACCAAUGUGACGUAAUGCAGUUUUAUCAAGGCUUGCCCCAAAAGAGCCCACGUCAACACUUGACUCGCUUACGAAGUAUUUUGGAUGUUCCUAAAUGUUGGCCGUGCUAUAA